AUGCCCUAUCUGCUAUUCUUUGCGCUCCUUCCCCGCCUCAUUACUGCUGGCUCAGUAUCCAAGGAGCAGUUAGACCCCGUUCGUCGGAAUAGUUAUCCCAUCACUCCAGCCGUGGACGAGUCGCUCCUGGCCAUCCAGAUCGGAGGCAUUGUCGGUGCAUACGUGAUCUUCGUUGCCCUACUUCUUUCGCUGCUUCUCUUCGUGGGCCGCCGUCUGCGACGAGCUGUCCUCUCCUCCAACUACUCCCUCCACGUCGAGAUGAUGAAGCCCAUGAAGCCCCCUCCCAGCAUGGACCCCAGUCCCGUCACCCCGAUCUCCAUCAACCUGCCCAGCCCGGGCCCUCGAAGCUUCAGCCGGUCCUGGAGCAGCCUCGGCAAGGGCCCUCGCUCCCACGCCUCAGGGACCACCACCAGCGUCGCCACGAUCGACGAAUCCGUCGUAGCAACUGACCGCCAGCGAGCCCAAGAGGAUCUGGAAAUGCUUUACGCCGCCGUGAUGGAGCACGACGCCCAGAAGGAAGCUGCCGCCGCAGCCCGGGGUGCCAACAAGGACUCCUCCGAUGGAGACGAAGCAGCAGAGAAAGAGAUUCCCUCUCCAGACAGCAUCCCCACGAAUCCGUUCGCAGAUCGCUCUUCACACGCCUCCUCCAACAACUCCCCACUGAGCCCUCGAUCUAGCGGCCGACUAUCCCGCAUCUCCUCCCUGUCGCUCUUCAACCUCAAGUCGCAGAACCAGCAGCAAUCAUCAAAC